GGCUGGAGAAAAGUUGUCCCGGCCAGAGCGCGCGCUGCCGCGGGAUCCGGAGCCGCCGCGUCGCCACGGCGGGGGCAGGCGCGACCACCGGAUCCGCAGCCGGGCCGGCCGACUCGCAGCCGGGGGUCGCCCCGGGGCAUGGGACAGCCGGCGGGGACGGCGGGCCGGCGCUGCGCCCCGGGCGGGCGGAGGGCGGCCUGAGCUGCCGGGACGCAGGAUGCGCUCCGAGGGCGCGGCCCCCGGGCCGGUGGCGCCGCUGUGCGGGGCGCUCAGCCUGGUGCUCGGCGCGCUGCUGGGCAAAGUGAUCGAGGGCCGCGGGGUCACCGACGACGUGCACAGGUUCUCCUCGCGGCCGCCCUACCUGCCCGUGAGCUACCACAUCCUGGGGGCCGAGACCGCCUUCUUCCUGAAGGAGGCCAGCCAGGACGCCCUGCACAACUCCAGCCUGCGCACCAGAGUCGAGUCCUUCUUCACGUACAAGGCCACAAGGCCCCCGGCGCUCAACGCCAGCUACGGGCCCUUCUCCGUGCAGAAGGUGGUGCCCCUGGACCUGAUGGUCCCUUCCAACCUGCUGGGGCCAGCCAGCAAGUUCGGCCUCAACUGGAAGCUGAGGGCGCACAUCGUGCGGGACAAGGUGUACCUGAGCCGCCCCAAGGUGCAGGUGCUUUUCCAUCUGCUGGGCCGGGACUGGGCGGCGCGGAGCCCGGGCGAGAGGCUGCCCUGCCUGCGGGUGUUCGCCUUCCGGGAGACCCGGGAGGUGCGGGCCGGCUGCCGGCUGCAGGGGGCCCUGGGGCUGUGCGUGGCCGAGCUGGAGCUGCUGGCCGGCUGGUUCGGGCCCCCCACCGUGCUGGCCGGGAGGAAGAAGGCGCCGGGGCCGCCCGAGGGGAGCCCCGUGGAGCUCUACUAUGCCGUGCAGCCGGGGGACGGGCGCGGGGACUGUGCCGGCGGCGGGGACGCCAGGAAGGGCAACUCCAUCCGGCCGGGGAGGGACGGGCCGGAGGAGGCCGUGCCCCGCCUGCAGAGGAUCGGGAGCGUCAGCCUCUACCGGGCCCAGGACAGCGCCCAGCUCCGCGAGCUGCGUCUGGACAGCAACGUGGCCAUCUGGCUGCCCUCCCAGCCCGUGAAACAAGGAGACGUGGUCACUGCCUACGUCAGCGUCGCCAACAACUCCACCGUGGACCUCUUCAUCCUGAGAGCCAAGGUGAAGAAGGGGGUGAAUAUCUUGGGCGCUCAGACCAGCGAGCCCCGGCAGUGGGACGUCAAGCAGGAGACGGGCAGCGGCGGGAAGCACACCACCGCCACCCUGCUGUGCCAGCGCCGGGCACCCAGUGCGCGCAACAGAAGCAGCAGCUCAUUCAGCGAGGUCGUGCAGAUGAACUUCGAAAUAGCCAGCUUCAGCAGCCUCUCGGGGACGCAGCCCAUCACCUGGCAGGUGGAGUACCCACGGACGGCGACCACCGACACGGCCGUGUCCGAGAUCUUCAUCAGCCAGAAGGACCUGGCGGCCAUCGUCCCCCUGGCCACGGACACUGAGAUUCUCAAUACCGCCAUACUCACAGGAAAGACCGUAGCCCUGCCCAUCAAGGUGGUCUCUGUGGAGGAGAACAGUGCCGUGACGGAUAUCUCAGAGCUGGUGGAGUGCAAGUCCGCAGACGAGGAUGUCCUCAAGGUAUCUGACGGCUGUGAUUACGUCUUUGUCAAUGGCAAAGAGAUAAAGGGCAAGCUGGACGCGGUGGUGAACUUCACCUACCAGCACCUGAGUGCCCCCCUGCACGUCACCGUGUGGGUGCCCCGACUGCCCCUGCAGAUCGAGGUCUCUGACACCGAGCUGAGCCAGAUUAAAGGCUGGAGGGUCCCCAUUGUGGCCAGUAAGAGGCCCACGCGGGAGAGCGAGGACGAAGACGACGAAGAGCGGCGGGGCCGGGGCUGUGCCCUGAAGUACCAGCAUGCCACGGUGCGGGUCCUCACCCAGUUCGUGGCCGAGGGCGCCGGCCCGUGGGGCCAGCCCAGCCACCUGCUCAGCCCCGACUGGCAGGUGGACGUCACCCACCUGGUUGCAGACUUCAUGAAUCUGGAGGAACCUCACGUGGCCACACUGCAGGACAGCAGGGUCCUGGUCGGGCGGGAGGUCGGGAUGACCACCAUCCAGGUAUUGUCCCCGCUGUCAGACUCCAUCCUGGCAGAGAAAACGGUCACCGUGUUAGAUGACAAAGUGUCAGUGACAGACUUGGCCAUCCAGCUGGUGGCUGGGCUGUCCGUCACCCUCCACCCCAGCACGGAGGACAGCAAGGCCAUCACGGCUGUGGCCACAGCUCAGGAGCUGCUUCGGACUCCCAAGCAGGAAGCUGUGGUCAGCACGUGGCUUCAGCUCAGCGACGGCUCGGUGACGCCCCUCGACAUCUACGACACCAGGGACUUCAGCCUGACCGCCACCUCCCUGGACGAGGCCGUCGUGUCCGUCCCCCAGGCCCGCUCUCCCAGGUGGCCGGUUGUGAUGGCCGAGGGGGAAGGCCAGGGGCCGCUGGUCCGAGUGGACAUGACCAUCGCAGAGGCCUGCCAGAAGUCCAAGCGCAAGAGCGUCCUGGCCGUGGGCGUGGGCAGCGUCAGGGUCAAGUUUGGCCAGAACGACGCCGACUCCGGUCCUGGCGGGGGCGGCGACGAGGGCGAGAUCAAGAACCACGCCAGUGACCGCCGGCAGAAGGUUCAGGAGCCCGAGGGGCCCCCGCCCGGCGGCUCCUCCGUGGAGCGCCGCGAGGAAGGCGCCCCCCGCAGAGGCGGCACGACGGCCCGGCCGCUGCUGGACAACAGGGUGGUGAAGAGCAGCCGGCCGGACGCGGGCAGGCCGUCCGGAGAGGGCCAGCUGCAGAACAUCCCCCUGGACUUCACCAACUUCCCGGCCCGGGUGGACCUGCCCCGCGCGGGGGGCGGGCUGGGGGCCAGCGACCUGUUGCAGACCGCGAGGGGCCUGAGCGACCUGGAGAUCGGCAUGUAUGCCCUGCUGGGCGUCUUCUGCCUGGCCAUCCUCGUCUUCCUCAUCAACUGCGCCACGUUCGCCCUCAAGUACCGGCACAAGGAGGUGCCCCCGGAAGGCCAGGCCUCCGUCACCCACUCGCACGACUGGGUGUGGCUGGGCAACGAGGCCGAGCUCCUGGAGCAUGCGGGCGAGGGGUCCCCGCCGCAGGACGAGCACACGACCGUCCUGGACCGCGGGCCGGGCGGCAGCGAGGAGAGCAGCUGUCUGUUGCUCAACGGCGGAGCCCGGCAGCACGCGCAGGGCCGGGGGCACGGGCCGGACUCGGGGGGCAGGCAGGCCAGGGACCCGAAGCCCGAGCCCCUGCACUCGCCCACCUCCAAGAGGAAGAAGGUGAAGUUCACCACCUUCACCACCAUCCCGCCAGACAACGGCUGCCCCAGCGUGAACUCCAUCCUCGGUGGUGGGGGCGAGGACAUCAAGUGGGUAUGCCAGGACGUGGCCGCGGGCGCCCCCGAGGAGCUCAGAAACUACCUGGAGAAGUUCAAGGAACAGGCGUAGGCCCCUCCGGCCGGCGGCUCUGCACCCCGCCCCUCGCGGGGCUCGGGGUGGGUCUGGCUCCGGCGUCGGGUGGGAUCCGGGAGGGCCCGGCGUGGAGCGGGGGACGCACUCCCGCCGUCAGGCUGUGCGAGUCCCGGAGCCUCCGCGAGGGGCCGCGUGUCUUUUGUAGCAAGGAUUUUGUAGCAGUCGAUGAUGGCGGAGUUUCGAAAGUCAGCGGAGCCAGCUCUGGGUGGGUUGCUGACCGAGACCCUGAACCGCACAAGGGCCACGUUAGGAAGGUGAUUUUACGAGUUGAAACAUAACCCAGACAAGCUACCAAAAAUUAUUUGUUAAAAAAAUGCAAAAAGACAAAUAAAAAGACAGAAGGAAUCAUCUCUUUAUUUAUAUUUCUAAUAAAGUAGCAAAAUCUACAACGAGGUCCUGCUAAGGCCCCAUUUCUGUUUUAGUUCAGUGCCCCCCCCCCCCCCCUUCCGAGGAAGGCCGUCUCUGGGAAGAGACCAUCCCAGUCCUGGGUGCCCUGGGAUGAUGAAUCUGAAGGUUUUCGAUCUUUCCUGGAUAAUCUUCUCUUCUCCCACAUUUCCUUCCCUCCUUCCAACAAGUUUUCUGUGUCCUAUGCUGCCAUCUGAUUUGUAUUUAAUGUUUAUUUCCAAGGACCAAAUGGUAUAUUUUUCCUGAUUUAAACAUACGUUAUAUUCGUAUACAUUAGGUGAAUUCUUAGAAAUAGUCUCCAUUUAUCCAUCCUUUAAGUAGUAAGUCUGAUGCUCUUCUGUACUCCUCCAGCCUUGUUGAGAUUUGCUGGGGUUUAAAAAUCAAAGGGUUGGGGAGGCGUCCCCUGGAUCUUGACCUUGCCCUCCACCACACCCACCCCCCAGGCCACAGCCUGUGGGCGGAACGCUGCCCGAGGCUGUUCCAAGGGGACCCAGCCAGCCACGCGGAGCUCACAGAGCCCAGCACCCAGUGGCUCCCCACUCAGGGGAGGUCUGGUCAGAUCCACGAGGGAGAGAUCGCACCCAAGAGAAGUCUGUGCCUCCUCGUGCGGGACAUCUGUCACGAGACCCGCUGACGCUGAGAAACGAGCCAGGAUAAAAACUCUGGGAGGGUUUUUGAGUCGUCCCUCUGACUCUGUUGGGCGGAACAUGCCAGCGUGGACCGACACGAUAAAAAUCUGGGUUAGAUGGUCAGCCAACUGUGGUUUUUAACAGCCUGAUUGUGUAAGCAGCACAUUUGCAAAGACGCAUUGAUCCAAAGUCAACUGUGUGUGGCCGAGAGAGCACCGUGUCCUGAAUGAGCCCCUCGGUGACUGCCAGGCACCGGGGCCUGCUCUGGGCAGGCACCGCUCACCCGUGAGGCUCGUUGUUUUUAUUUUUUUAAUUACUAAAAUCAGUAGCUAAGAAAGGGUCCUUGGAGCCUCGUGACCUUUUCAAAAGGCUAUUUGUAGCACAUAUUACAGACGGAAGGGAGAUAUUUAUUUAUACCUGUGAUGCCAGUUGUCAUUAAAAUGCUUUCCAUGCCUGGACAAGUCA